GCUUCGACGAGACUUACUACUUCCUCCAUUCUUCAACCGCCUACUCUCACCAUGGCAUCUUUUCACAAAUGCAUCGCCGUGUUUCCACGCACAGCAAUCCAUUCUCACAUUCACAGACUAGUCACUCCCGCCGUACGUACCCGUGCCUGCGCAGCGACCCCCUCGUCCUCGAAGGUCAUGUCCACGGCGACAUCAUCCAGAGUUCGUUCCUUCACCAGCAUAAAAUCCCAUGCAUACUCGAUGUCCUCAAAGAGGCAACAUACCAUAAUGUCAGGAUCCGCACGGCAGCUUCGCCUGAACAGCAGUGCUGCCACAGCGCAGGAUGCAGCUGACAUCUUGUCUUCGGGCUCGUCUCUCAAAAUCCAUAACAUGCAGUAUGAUGAAUCUGGAAAGGAACUCACUAUUGAUAUUACGGAUAAAGCUGUGAAGCAAUUGAAACAUAUAGCUGCCAGGGAACAGAACCCUUUACAGGCCUUGAGAAUCACCGUCGACUCAGGCGGAUGUCACGGAUAUCAGUACUUGAUGGAUCUCACGGACACUGUAAACGAGGACGAUGUUGUCUUCGAAAAAGAUGGAGGGCGUGUUAUUGUCGACACGAUAACGUUGCCGAUGAUCAGCGGGUCGAGGAUCGACUUUAUCGAGGAGCUUAUCGGAUCGGCGUUCAAGGUCCUUGCUAACCCACACGCAGCUCACUCUUGCGGAUGCGAUACCUCUUUUGAAAUCAAGAUCUAAGGGACGGUCGCGAUAGUUUGUCAUAAAGAGGUCUUUGAUGCACCUCAUCGAUAUAGCAAUUCUUACAUGUAGAAAUAAUAAACGACCUGUUGCAGAAGC